UUCUCGUACCUUUUAUUAUAAAGUUAUACAUUCCACCCUUUUCUUUCCACAUUCAAUUUUACUUCUUCCCUCGUGUUUCAUGUUCUUGUAAUUUCAGGUUUUGUUGAAUAUCACAAAGCAUCAAUCUCAUGGCUUCGUAUGAUGAACAACAAGGAAAGCCUUUACCCAAGUUUGGGGAAUGGGAUGUAAAUGAUCCUGCCUCAGCUGAAGGAUUCACUGUUAUAUUCAACAAGGCCAGAGAUGAGAAAAAAAUUGCUUCAGCAUCUGGAAGAUUCCCUUCUCAGCGUAGACAUGAUUCUCGCAAUCGUAAGGGUCAACAAAAAUGCAAGAGUAGUGCCUCAAAGAAGAAAUGGCUUUGCUUUGGCCCUUAGACAAGGAUGAGGACAAACGUGUUCCAUGAUGCUAUAAUUAUUUAUUCUCAAUCUUAUUACUUUCCUUCUGAGGACACGGGUGAAGUAGAACGAAAUGAAAGAAAAAAAGAAAAAAAAAUAGGGCAGCAUGCUCUUCAACUCCUGGUUUAGCUUCUAGUUGUUUCAUGUAUUUGUGUUAUUUAUAAAUGCAACAUAUAUAUCCACAAACUAAUGUAAAUACAUGAAUCAAUGACAACUUUUUUGCUAAUGGAGUAAAGCAUAUUUGCCCACCAAAUUUUGUUGUU